AUGCCUAUUGAAGAAUUGCUACUCGAAAUCGUCGACAACUUAAUAACCGUCAAUUUGAUCCGCUAUGAGAAGUUGCUAAAUUUUCACCAGCGUCAGCUGAUAAUUUGGCUUCUGGACACGUGGGAGUUCUUUCGAAACGCAAUCCGGGAGGUGAAACGCGCAAACUACGAAUUCCGGGGUCACUUUGUGGUCAUACUCGGUGGUGAACUGCAAACUAGCGGUCCGGAGGGGUGGAACCAACUUCUGAACCACUUUUGGUCACUUCAGAUAAUCACCGUGGUUCUGGCGGUGGCGAUCGGGGAAGAAUUGGCACUUGUUGGCUAUCAGCCGUAUAGCGUCACGUGCUGUCGGUGUGUCGAACCGGUGAUUGUGAAUCGCUGCAAUCGUGGCUUUUUUGAAAAUCGUAAGAUUUUUAAAGGAAGCCUUGACCAACUGCACGGAUGCCCGCUGAGGUUGGCAACGUUCAAGUGGUUUCCCUUCCGGGAUGUUAUUGAGGGGGGCGAUGGACAGCUGGUGCUUUCGGGAAAGGGUGCCGAACUGAUGGAGAUCAUUCAGUCGAAGCUGAACUUUACGGUGAAUGUAAGGGUGCCUACGGACGGAUUUACUUGGGGUCAGAUAUUCCCGAAUGGGUCGGCGAUUGGUGCGCUGGGUUUGGUUUUUAGUGGAGAGGCCGAUUUCACCCUUGGUGGUUACCUGCUGUACCAGGAAUUGCUGCAAACGAUGAGCAUCACAACCGGCUAUUACGUGAGUGAUUUCGUCUUCGUGGUUCCCGAGGAGUUGGUCUCGAUAUCGUCUCUGAAGCGGCUUCUGCAGCCGUUCCAGAUUACAGUGUGGAUCUCAGUGUUGGCCAUGCUGGGAUUGGUGUAUGCAGUAUUUAGUUGUUACAACGGUGUGACAGUUGGCCAUUCGUUCAAAAAUCAUUCUCUGCUGAUGUUGUACCGAUCGUUGAUGGGAGGAUCACUUCCGUCGAUACCAAGGGGCAAUUUCAUUCGAUUUGCAAUGCUUUUGUGGCUUUAUUAUGGAGUUGUGAUUCGCGAGAGUUACAAUUGUGCCAUGUACGGGUUUCUCACGGCCAAGCCAGAACCAACGGAUAUCAGCUCUUUUGCUAAAAUGGCUGCCAGCGGGUAUCAAUUUGUGGUUUCGAACGUCCUGUACGAUCUGCUAUUUGCCAACUCAGAUCAAUUCAACGGAACGUUCACCCUGGUUGACGAGGACUUCUUCGGGCGGAUGUUCGCCGACGUGAUCCAAAGUCGCAAACGGAUCGCCCUAAUCUCCCAGCCAGAGAUGAUCGCAUACUUCAACAAGCGACACCCGGACAGCAUCAACUUUCGCAUCUCCGAAGAAAAAGUGCUCAGCUUCUACUACAGCAUGCUGUUUCGAAGGGCGUGUCCUCUUAUCGAGAGCUUCAACGUGGUGCUCGGGCAAAUUUUGGGGAUGGGACUUAUCAGCAACUGGAAGGCAAAUUGGAUGAACGAGCGUUACCUGACCAUGACGCUUAGCAACGAACCUGUAACGGUUUUAACCAACGAACAUCUCUUCGAUGGGUACACAUUCUACGCGCUAGGAAUCGCCAUAGCAGUGUGCGUGUUUUUCUUAGAGAUCAUCGGCAAGCGAGUAGCGAAGCUGCCACCGGCCCAGCAGGAGGACAUAAUCGAAACAAUGAUGGGCCUUAUCGACGCGACCGAGCGGAUGAACCGGAGUGCGGCAUUUGGCGGACAAGCAGGAGGCUUUAACUUGACAAAAAGUGUGUCCAGCUUUGCGUUGACCAGCGAUUCCAUCGGGUUUGGGCCGAUAUCCGGAACGGGUGGCGGCAUGGACGUGGAGUUUGGUGCGCUGACUUCGUCACCGUCGAAUUUGGUGUAA